CCUCUGUUGGUGUACGGUUGACUCCACACGUAGUUUGGUGUUUUUCAGGCGGACACUGGGACACGGACCUCCAGCAGAAAGGAAAAUCCCAGAGGGAGGACGACCAGAUCGAGCUCCUGCUGCUGGGAGCUUAGGCAUCCUCACUUUCAUCACCAUCUUCUUCAUCAUCAUCAUCAUCAUCAGUGACAGUGCUGCGUCAUGGCUGGGGCCCUCAGGAUGACUGAAGCCCAGUUCAUGAACGUCUACGACAGCGACCUGCAGAUGAAUUUGAUGCAGUACGACUACAUUCCUCCUGUGGACAUCAAGACAGAACCCUACAUACCCGAGACAGCUCAUGGUCCAUACAUUCAAAUCAUCGAGGAGCCUAAACAGAGAGGGUUUCGUUUCCGUUAUGAGUGUGAGGGUCCCUCCCAUGGUGGGCUCCCAGGGGCCUCCAGUGAGAAGAACCGAAGAACGUACCCAACAGUAAAGAUCAACAACUACGUGGGCCAUGCCCGGGUCGAGGUCCAGCUGGUGACCCACACCGACCCCCCUCGAGUUCAUGCUCACAGCCUGGUUGGACGCCACUGCACCGAGAACGGCACCUGCACGCUGGACAUCGGCCCCAAUGACCUCACAGCCUCCUUCAGUAACCUGGGGAUCCUCCAUGUAACAAAGAAGGGCGUCGUGGACGUUUUGAGUCGGAGGCUGAGAGACGAGAGGCGGAGACAGAAAGGAGCUCACUGCCACAUCACAGAUUCAGAGGAGAACUCCAUUCUGAAGGAGGCCAAGGAGCUGGGAAAGGUGAUGGACCUGAACAUCGUCCGCUUGAAGUUCACCGCCUACCUGCAGGACAGUAACGGGGGCUUCACCAGAGCGCUUAAACCCGUGGUCUCUAACCCCAUCUACGACAGCAAGUCUCCCAAUGCCUCUAACCUGAAGAUCUCCAGGAUGGAUAAGACGUGCGGCUCGGUGCUCGGAGGAGACGAGAUCUUCCUGCUGUGUGACAAAGUUCAGAAAGAUGACAUUGAGAUCAGAUUUUACGAAGACGAGGAGGACGGAUGCUGGGAGGCGUUUGGGGACUUCUCACCCACUGAUGUCCACAAACAGUACGCCAUCGUGUUCAAAACCCCGCCGUACCACAAAGCGGAGAUCGAGCGUCCCGUCACCGUCUUCCUUCAGCUGAAGAGGAAAAAGGCCGGCGACAGCAGCGACCCAAAACCGUUCACCUACAUCCCCCAGGUUCAAGACAAAGAGGAGGUUCUGAGGAAGAAGCAGAAACCUCUGCCUCACUGUCAGACCGGCUCCUGGAACGGAGGAGGAGGAGGGCGAGGAGGUGCCGGAGGUUAUGGAGGAGGAGCAGGAGGAGGAGGAGGAGGAGGUUUCCAGUAUAACCAGCAGAUGAAUGGUGCUGGUGGAGGGGGUGGAAGCUUCUUCACAGGUGGUUUCACAGGCUUUGGAGGAGGGGGAGGCGCUCCAAUGUUAGGCUCCGCCCCACAGACAGGUGUUAGUCAGACAGCUUCACCUCUACAGCAGCAGCUGAUUCAGCUCGCUGCAGCACUCCACAGCAGAGCAUCUCAGAGCGCCAGACACACCGCAGCCGCUCUUCUGCAGUACUGCACCACUGGAGACCCCAGGGUCCUUCUGGCCAUCCAGAGACAUCUCUGUGGCGUCCAAGAUGGCAACGGAGACACUCCUUUGCACCUCGCCAUCAUCCAUCAGCAAACAAGUGUGAUCCAGCAACUCAUCCACACACUGCUCAGCAGUCAGCAGCAGAACGCCAUCAACAUCGCCAACCACCUGCAGCAGACGCCACUCCACCUGGCUGUGAUAACCCGCCAGGUGAAGGUGGUCGAGGUGCUGCUGAGGGCGGGGGCCGACCCCAGCCUGGUGGACAAAGAUGGCCGCAGUCCGCUACACCUAGCAGCCCUGGCAGGAGAUCACACCACGCUACGCCCCCUGCUGGCUCACCUGGGAGAACGCCACACCAACCUGGUGAACACACCCGACUUCCAUGGUCUCCACCCUCUCCACCUGGCUGUGAGGAGGGAUGGUGAGCGCUGCCUCCGUCUGCUGGUGGAGGGCGGAGCCAAAAUCAAUGCUCCUGAGCAGAAAAGUGGGAACACUGCGCUCCACCUUGCUGUCAAAGAGAACCUUUUUAAAGUGGCGUGCACACUCAUCACCGAGCUGAAGGCCGACGUUAACGCCAGCACAUUUGGAGGAAACACAGCGCUACACCUGGCCGCCAGUCUGGGUUCUCCGACGCUCUGCUCCAUGCUCAUCGCCGCAGGCGCUGAUAAGAAUGUGGAGAACGACGAGCCACUCUUUUUCAGCUCGUCUUCAGACGAAGAGGAUGAACCAAUCAUAGAGAAGGUCAAGGAAAGAGACACUGCCUCGCCGCCAGUCAACCCGCGCAAGAGACCUGCAGGAGGACACACCCCCCUGGAUCUCGCCAGAUGUCAGAAGGUGAGGAAUCUGUUGAGCUCCAGUCCUAGGUCGAGUCGUCACAGUAGUAAGAAGAUGAGAGCGAGCAGCAGUGAAGAGGUGGAGGCUUCGGGUCUGGAUGAGGACACGCUGUCCCGACUAGUGGAGGUGCUGAGUGUUGGAGACGUUUCGUGGAUGAAACUGGCGGAGAAGCUGGGGAUGAUGACGCUUACUCAUCUUUACCAGGACAGUGCGACGCCGUGCCACCAGCUGCUGCAGCACUACAAGCUGGGUGGUGGUCCGGUCGAAGGUCUGGUUGAAGCUCUUCAGUCUCUCGGUCUGACAGAAGGAGUCCGACUGCUGAGGACCAAAGAGCCACGGGAGGACAAACACAGCACAGACGCCACUGUGGACAGCGGCUUUGGCAGCCAGCCAAUGGAGGAAGAGGAUUCCCCAAUGACCAAUCAGUGACGAGCAGGAAAUACAUCAUCAUUGUGAGCAGCUUCAGUGUGACUCUGUGGAGGACGUCUCUGCUCGCCAUUUGAGUCAAGUUGGAAUCACACGUAUAUUUUUCUGCUGAGGAGACGAUGGCAGCGGCGUUGUUGGAGGAUAGUUAAAUCCCAGCAGGAAGACUUUUUUAAAUCAAAGAUUUCAAAGACAAACCUUUUAAAGACACCUCUUCACACAGAGAAACAUUUAUUUUCUUUUGUUUUCUCAUAAGAUCUUUGUUUUCUUGUUUCUGAUUUUAAAUUUUGUGACAUUUAAAAUAAUUAUGACUUUUAUUAAAUAAAGUUCAUUUAAGUUUC